GUUCAGCUGACUGCCAUUCUUAAACAAGUUGCCCUACAUUUUUUAGGGAGCGGUGUGAAGAACCGGACAGAUGACUGACCUGUGGAUCUCCUUCUCAGUGUUGGGAGCAGUGCUGCUCCUCAGCGAGCUCACCCGCCGGGCUGCCGCGCGUAUUUUCCCGGGAGAUUAUCAGAUUUACCUGCUGGAGGCUGCGUGCACCUUCCAGCUCUGCUCCUGCACACAUGAGCUCAAACUACUGGGAGAAAGUGUGCAGCUGGAGCCUCACAUCGGCCUCACAAUCACCUACAUAGUGACUCUGAUCCAUUUGGCAACUUUCCGGGGCGCGUCGUGCAAUGCCAGCGGAGCUUUGGAGAGCUUUUGCAGAGGGAACAGCAGCUUCAGGUCGGCCCUCGUCCUCAUAGCCUUCCAGUUUGGUGCAGGGGUCGCUGCUCAGCACUUCGUCGCUGUUGUGUGGUCGCUGGGUCUGUCCGACGUGCACCUCCGGCACCAGAGGUUUGGGUUCAGGUGCUUUGACCCCCUGGGUGGGACGGUGCUGGAGGCCGCUGCGGUGGAGCUGGCCUGCGGCUUCAUCAUCCAGGCUGCUGUCAUGCACAUCCACAAACUGGAUGAAAGACUUAGAGGGCACUUCAUCGCUGCUGUAAUCACAGCUCUGGUGUUUACAGGUGGGAGUAUUUCGGGGGCUAUUUUUAAUCCCGUCCUGGCCUUCUCCGUCCAGUUCCCCUGUAGUGGACACACCUACCUGGAGUACUGCUUCGUCUACUGGCUGGGACCCGUCUUAGGCAUGACGAGCUGCAUCCUGCUGUUUGAGAAGAUCGUUCCCUUCCUUUCUGGAAAGAGCACCAUCAGGUUGGACGUCCCCGCUGCCAAGAAACAAAAGACACAGUAGCUCUUAACGUGGAUGGAGAAGCUGAGUCGUUGGUAUCUUUUUAUUUGAAUCAU